AUGAAACAUAAUCGGGGAAAACUUGUUAUUCCAAGUAGAGGAGGCUCAAGAUCGAUAGCAAAUCACAAAUUUGCCAUGACAAAUAAAGAGACUCAAAUGCCCCCCAGCCCAAUCGAGUUAUAUCAUAAGUUGCAUUUUGAUCCUAUAAAGAAAUGGAUAAAUGAUGAGUCACGCAUUCAAUACGAAAAUAUUCUCCAACUCAAGGAGGAAGAUUGUGCCAAAUUAGUUUCGGCGGGAACAAGCAUUACUCAAGAAAUGGAAUCCGACAUAGAGAAAAAAGUCAUUAAAACUAUUUGUGCCAAACAUAAAACAUUACAAUCUGGAUGGGAGGCUUCAAGUGGACUUGUUAUGAGGAAAAAAGAUAUACAUCUCUUAUCAACCGCAGAAACAUCUCAAUCAGCCUCAAAAGAUGAAGAAGAUAUGAAAAUUAUUAUCUCGAAGUUCCCGGAUUCUCAAAACAUAUUAUGUCCACCCAAUGAAGAUGAAGCUCGUGUGUAUGAUGACAUAACAGAUCUAUCAGAGCAAGCAUAG